CGGCACACGCGCACGCUGCUGCCGCCGUGCUCCGCUUAAAUAGGGCGGCGCUGGAGGAGCCGCGUAGAGCUGUGGUUGUUGUAGCCGGUGGGAGAUUCCAGUAUUGGGACAACGUCACUGAACUGCGAUGCAAGCACAUGAGUUGUUCAGACACCUACGAAUGCCGGAGCUUGGGGAUGUCAGACAGUAUGUGCGCACCCUGCCCACCAAUACACUGAUGGGCUUCGGGGCUUUCGCUGCUCUCACCACCUACUGGUAUGCAACGAGACCAAAAGCACUAAAACCGCCGUGUGACCUAGCAAUGCAGUCUGUGGAAGUAGAGGGUGGUGAGCAUGCUCGAAGGUCUUCUCUUCUUAAGAGUGAUGAACUGUUGAUUUACUACUAUGAUGAUGUCAGAACAGCUUAUGAUAUUUUCCAAAGGGGUUUGCAAGUAUCAAAUAAUGGUCCGUGUCUAGGUGUUAGAAAACCAAACCAGCCGUAUGAAUGGAUUUCCUAUAAAGAGGCUUCAGACAGAGCUGAGUGUGUGGGUUCUGCAUUACUCCACCGAGGCUUCAAACCAUCUCACAUUCAAUAUAUAGGAAUCUUUUCACAAAACAGACCUGAGUGGGUUAUCAUUGAACAGGGAUGCUAUGCAUUCUCCAUGGUGGUGGUGCCACUCUAUGAUACACUGGGAACUGAAGCAAUUACCUACAUUGUGAACAAAGCUGACUUGUCAUUGGUUUUCUGUGACAAACCUGACAAGGCCAAACUUCUGCUAACCAGUGUGGAAAAGGGAGAAACACCAAUACUCAACACCAUUGUUAUCAUGGAGUCUUUUGGCACAGAUCUUGUGGAACGUGGCAAGAAGUGUGGAGUGGAAAUCUUCAGCAUGAAACAAAUAGAGGACCUGGGAAGAGCACACAGGCAAAAACCUAUGCCUCCAAAGCCAGAAGAUCUAGCAAUCAUCUGUUUCACCAGUGGAACAACAGGAAACCCCAAAGGAGCUAUGAUCACUCAUCAAAACAUAGUCAGCAAUACUUCAGCUUUUGUGAAAACUACAGAGAACACAUAUAUGCCUUCUCCUGAUGAUGUUCUGAUAUCAUUCCUGCCUUUGGCUCAUAUGUUUGAGAGAAUUGUUGAGUGUGUGGUUCUGUGCCAUGGAGGUCGGAUAGGAUUCUUUCAAGGGGAUAUCAGACUACUUAUGGAUGACCUAAAAACACUGCAGCCAACUGUAUUUCCUGUAGUACCAAGACUGUUGAACAGAAUGUUUGACAAGAUCUUUGGACAGGCAGAUACUUCAUUAAAGAGGUGGAUGCUGGAUUUUGCCUCCAAGAGGAAAGAAGCAGAACUCAGAAGUGGUAUAAUUAGAAAUAACAGUUUCUGGGAUAAAGUCAUCUUCCGCAAAAUACAGGCAAGUUUGGGAGGAAAAGUAAAGCUGAUGGUUACAGGAGCAGCACCUGUAUCUGCAAGUGUACUGACGUUCCUGAGAACAGCUCUUGGUUGUCAGUUCUAUGAAGGUUAUGGACAGACUGAAUGCACAGCUGGAUGCUCACUGUCACUGCCUGGUGACUGGACAGCAGGUCAUGUUGGAGCACCCAUGCCAUGCAGUAUGAUAAAACUUGUUGAUGUACAAGAAAUGAAUUACUUGGCUGCCAAAGGAGAGGGUGAGGUGUGUGUAAAAGGGCCAACUGUAUUCCGUGGCUAUUUGAAAGAUCCGGAAAAAACAGCAGAAGCUCUGGACAAAGAUGGCUGGCUUCAUACAGGAGAUAUUGGGAAAUGGCUACCAAAUGGUACACUGAAGAUCAUUGACCGGAAAAAACACAUCUUCAAACUAGCCCAGGGAGAGUACAUAGCACCAGAGAAAAUAGAAAAUGUCUAUCUGAGAUGUGAAGCACUUGCUCAGGUGUUUGUCCAUGGAGAGAGCUUGCAGGCCUUCUUAGUAGCUAUUGUGGUACCUGACCCUGAGACUUUGCGCAGCUGGGCCAAGAAAAAGGGAUUUGAAGGCUCAUAUGAAGAGCUAUGCAAAAACAAGGCCCUCAAAAACCACAUUCUAGAAGACAUGUUGAGGAUUGGGAAAGAAUCAGGUUUGAAGUCAUUUGAACAGGUCAAAGACAUCUUCUUGCACACGGAAAUGUUUUCUAUUGAAAACGGCCUGCUGACACCAACACUGAAGGCGAAGAGACCAGAACUGCGGAAACAUUUCCAGUCACAGAUAGAUGAACUCUAUGCUAAUGCCAAAAUGUAGCUGAGAGUGGAGUGAGGAAAGUGGCACUCGUCUGAUGUCUACUGUUGGCCUUCAUAUCUGUAAUUUGACUACAGCAAACAUAGGGAAGGAAACUGUGCAAUCAUUAACUUGUACAAAAAUGGGUACUUGCCAUAGGAACACUGAAGAAAUGGAACACUGCCUUACCGUCAAGUUGUGUUGCAUACUGUUUUUAUGGUGAUCUACAAUUUCCAAAAAGAGCCUUAACUAUAAAUGGUAACUAUACAUAAGUUAUUUUAGGACUUCCUUGGCUAAAAACAGGACUCUCCUUCACCAAGGAGCUAAGGUUUUCAUAUUGCCAGCAUGUUUGCUGUCUGCGGUGUAUUUUGCAGUUGUCAAUUCCACAAAGGAUUUGGCAGAUUUGAAAAUGCCUCCAAGACUCUUACUUCCUCAGAGGGAUUACUUAAUCUGUUAAAAAGAAAAACCAAAUGAGCUACCACCACAACUCCUCUCCCCCCCAGCCCCUACUCUUACGGUUGUUUAGCUGGUAUCAUGUCUUGCAUUGGUCCUCGUAUGAACAGGGGCAAGGCACCCGAGUGGUUUCUCUCCCUUUUUAUAUCUGUAGCCAGUUCUGAGAUCUACCUUUUGUAAGGUGGAAGUCAGAACUCCACACAAAGGAGACAGAGGAGUGCAGGUUGCUCAGAGUACAUCUGCAUAUGGUGGUUCUGGACUGGAAGCGUGGGUGCGGUUAACUCGGCAAGUGCAGCCUUUGCGAAAUGAACACGAUUCUAGAGUGGUGCCAGCCCUGUAAAUGAACAGAUCCAAACUCCGGUAAGAACACUAGAGCCCCAAAGCCAGUCAGGAGGCUAGGAUAUGCUAACAGUCAGGUAGACAUUGCACCUGUACUAGCCACUUGUUUCCUUGUAAUGAAUGUGUAUUUAAAAUGUGCCAGGUCCUCUAUAUGCAGAAGAGCUGCUGACAUAACCUCUCAGUUUUCUGUGCUUUACGUAUGAGCCACUGAGUAUUCUUCACCGAAUAGCAAAAUAGGUCAGGUAGAAUGGCCUGAUGCUUUGCAGCAUUUGGAAGUAUUUAUAUAUGCCAACAGCCCUGUGUGUUGGCGCAGGAUAGGUAUUUGUUCAGGGAUUAAAACCUAAUGCCCAGAUAAAUUACAAAAUAACUAGUUUCUUUUUGUUAGAGAAAUUGGCAGAAAUAAGCCUUAUUACAGCCUCAGUCUUUUGCUAUCCUUAACAGAGUUGGUUUUAUGUUAGCAUUCAUUGCUGUUUUUUGAAAACAUGGAUAUAUGUAAAAUACAAGCACAACAAGGUUUGCACUAAGAUUUGUGUGUGAUUGUAAUGCACUACUCUGUAGCAUAAUUUCAUACAUGUGUGCAAUUAAGGUACACAAAUCCAAGUCAACUGUUAGAGCAGUAGUUUAUUACAUUGGAAUUCAAAUGUUUGCUUAGUCUUGGCUAUUUCUAUGUUUUAUAAAACCAAAACAAUUUUCAAAACCAAUGAAGGAAACCCAAAUAAAUAUUUCUGCAUUUCAA